AAAGUCAGAGUAAUAUUGCCGCCUUGAAAAGUGUGAAGUGUUUUAUAAAGUGGAGAGAAAAAAAUUAUAAACAAUUGUUAAUAAAAAUUGUUCAGUGGGAUUUCUAAACUAGUAAAAUGAUUAAUAGAUCAAGAUUAUUAGCCCGCAAUUUAAAUGUCUUAAGGAAUUCAGCGGCUAUUGGAGAUAAUGGAUUUUUUGCAUCAUUGGCAAAUCCACAAUCCGUUUUUAGUUUUCAAGCAAGACACAAAAGUAAUACUCCGUUAAAUACUGUUGUUAUAUUCGUUCCUCAACAAGAGGCAUGGAUUGUUGAGCGAAUGGGUAAAUUUUUUAAAAUUUUGGAACCUGGUUUCAAUUUAUUGAUGCCAAUUGUUGACAGAGUAAAAUAUGUUCAAAGUUUGAAAGAAUUGGCGAUUGAUAUUCCUAAGCAGAGUGCUGUGACUUCAGACAAUGUUGAAUUGGACAUCGAUGGAAUUUUAUAUUUACGAGUAAAUGAUCCAUUUUUGGCUUCCUAUGGUGUUGAAGACCCUGAAUUUGCCAUAAUACAAAUUGCCCAAACCACUAUGAGAUCGGAAUUGGGAAAAAUCUCGUUGGAUAGAGUUUUUCAAGAAAGAGAAGGACUUAAUGUGAAUAUUGUUGAAAACAUUAAUAAAGCCAGUCAAGCAUGGGGAAUCACUUGUUUGAGAUACGAAAUUCGUGAUAUUAGAUUACCGACAAGAAUUCGAGAUGCGAUGCAAAUGCAAGUUGAAGCGGAAAGAAAGAAGAGAGCAGCAAUUUUAGAAUCUGAAGGAGUUAGACAAGCUGAAAUCAAUAUUGCUGAGGGUCAAAGGACAUCAAGAAUUCUCGUCUCUGAGGCUCAAAAACAAGAACAAAUUAACAAAGCAGACGGUGAAGCAGCCGCUAUUCUUGCAUUGGCACAAUCACGAGCAAAGGGAUUAGAAAUAAUUGCAAAUUCCUUAGGUUAUAAGGAUGGCAAAGAUGCAGCUGCAUUAACCAUUGCAGAACAAUAUGUUCAUGCUUUUGAUAAGCUCGCAAGAACAAAUAAUACUUUAAUUUUACCGAGCAACGUUGGAGAUGUGUCAAAUUUCGUAGGCCAGGCCCUGACAAUAUACAAACACGUGAUAAAUCAAAAACCCCAGAAUCCCCAAAAUCCAACGCACAUAACAAGUGGACCAGAAAAUAAAGUUCCAGUUGGAAUUGAAUCAUCGGACGAUAAUUAUGAAUAUUUUAGUGACAAAGAAGAGGCCGAGAAACAUAAAAAAAAGAAUGAAAGGACUCCUGAUCAUAUGUAGUCUGUAUUUUCAAUAAAAUCUUCUUUAUUAUUCAGUCCUCCUGUUAAAAAAAUUAUAUUUUUCAUCAAGUGAAAUAUAAGUUUAAUGUACCUACAA